AUGACCAAGCACCUCCAACGCCGUCUGCUCCGGGACAUCACCGAGUUGCAGCAGGAGCCUUAUCCCAGCGUCAGCUUGCACACCAGGGACGACGACCUUCGGCGAGCAUGUCUUGUUCUUCGGCCAGAGGGCUGGAUGCCCAUGCAUACCACCGUCAUAUUCGUCGAUCGCUACCCUUUGGUUGCUCCCCAGAUUAUGAUGAACACAGUCGUGAAUCAUCCCAAUGUGAUCGGCAGCUACAUCUGCGCAUCUGUCCUCAAUACCUUCGAGGGCUACACGCCGUCGUACACCCUCAAGGGCAUUGCAAUCCAGAUGUUGAGCUUCUUCAACAGCUGA